UUUAAGGUUGUACAUUUACAACGCAUGCGCAUUAGCCUCUGUUUACCUUCGAUAUUGCCUAUUAAUGGCUAACAUUUGUUCUUCAAACCACGACAAAAAAACAGCCGUUGUCGAAAUUUGUCAAACUCAGUCUGGUUGAAUGAAAAACCAACACAUUUUUAAUUAACAUUAAAACGACAAUUUAGGACCCGUUUAAUGAACAUUAUAAACGACAAGCUAGCACGUGUUUAAUGAACAUUAAAACGACAAGCUAGCACAUAUUUAACGAACAAAACAAACAUGUUUACGUCGCAAACGUCGUCAUUCCAGGAUUCCAUUGACGUGGAGGAGAGAGAAGACUUUGACAACGAGGACAUUUCAGGCUACAACCAGAAGGUUCAAUUGAACUGCUAUUACGCCAUCUAUCUGUACCAGGGCACAAGAUCUGAGGCUACUGGGGAAAAUGUGUCUUGGAAGCAAGGGCGAGCAGACUCCACAAGCAGUCAGGAGGACUUUAGCUUGACACUGAUUGACAGCAGCCUGCCCAUGGAGGCCGAACCAGAGCUGCGCAUGUACAUCUCCAGGAGGCUGAGCAAAGGAGCCCUGCUCGGAGGAAUGGGGAACAUCGCCACGGUGGAACUCAGUGUUCCAGAGCAGGCAGUGGGCUGCUAUUGUUGCCUCCUGGAGCAGGAAAGAUCCCCCGACCAACCCGAUGCAGACGGCAACGGAUACGUCAUCUGCUUCCUGGGAGGUUCUGAAAAAGGACUCAACUUAUACAGACUGGAGCUCGACAAAUACGUCCAAGGCCUUCACAGCAGCCUGCAAACCCCAGAGCUGCAGAACUUGGAGACAGAGCUGCGUCCCUACCUGAGUCGCUGGUACGAGGAGUCGGUGAUGCACGUUCAGCGCGUGGUGCAGCUGGUCCACUGCAACAUCAGCUUCCUGCUGCACGCUGCCCUGAGUCACAAGCAGGUGGACGUGACCAACGCAGACGAGAGGACCAAAGCGGACGUGUCCAGGUUCAUCAAGGCGGCGAGCCUGCAGGGUCUCUCCCAGCAGGACAGCACAGCAGCCUCUCUGUGCAAGGCCAUGUCCGAGGACACGCACUCUGACCUCAUCAUUGACUGCUCACUGAGCCCGCCCACCCUCGCCAACACCCGAAGUAAUCGUUUCUGCGAUGACUGGAGUCAAGCCUUUCUGAACGCGGCAGAACGAGGAAACCCUUUCCUGCUCCGACAGAUCCUGGAGAACUUCAAACUGAAGGCCAUCCAGGACAUGAACAGCCUCAAGCGGUUUGUGCGUCAGGCAGAGAUGAGCCACUACGCUCUGUUCCGCUGCUGCCAGUUCCUGCAGAGCUGCGGCAACGGCGACGUGCUGCUGCAGAACGCCAAGGCCGAGCACAGCGACCUGCCCGAAGCCUGCCGCAUCAUCAACGUGCUGGAGGAGUUCCUGGGGGAGCAAUUGCCGGCCUGAUGGCGCCAUCAUGACAGCAUCAUCCAGGUGACAUAUGUAAACACUACAUAGAUGGGGGUGGGCCUUUUAUUUAAGGUGCAAAACUACGCUUUGUGGGUAGUGACAGUUUUUCCUCAGUUAAACUAAGAAAUAUUCUACCAUAAUCAUUUUUGUCUGUUAAAUUACGGUCAAUGUGUGAAGUUGUAAUUAUUUUGAAGUGCUUUUCCAUUUGUUGUAGCAGCACACUCCUGUCGUAUUAAGGAUCUUUGAUUAAGGGAUAGACACAACAAAUUAUACGUAAGCUGAAAAAAACAAAACACUAAGUGUAAAAGAAAUAUGUCACCUAGUUGUGAAAAGUGACAUGUACUGUGAAUUUUGUGAAAUUGUACUGUACUAUGUAGAUUAAACAUAUCAUACAACAAUUGCA